GUAUUUUGAUGGUCACUUGCACAGAUAUGGCUGUUUUGUGUGGAAAUACUCCUGAAUCGUGUUAUAACAAAUAUGCUUCCGUUGGUUUACGUCAUAAAAGUUGCCACGAAUUUGCAAUUCGUGUGUUGUUAAAAGCCAUUGAUGCGCAUGCGAAUUGCUACGGAAGGUAUAUUGAGCCGCUGCUUUCUGUGAGCGUUGAUUAUUACUUGCGAGUGUUUGUUAAAGUGCAUACAAGUGCCCUUAUUGCGAAGGAUAGUGUUACGAAGGUGUCGCAUGUCUUUGCCUGUACAGGUUGCAGUUCUUUGCAUUUGCAACCACUUGUGAAAAAGAUAGUCAAUGGAAACAGCGUUAAAUUCACCCCUAAAACGUUUGAUGUGGGUUUGCUUGGCGCUGAUGGGAAGUGUUUGUAUUGUAAACAGUCGAUACAUGUGGCUGGUCCUAUCUACAGUGCACCAAUCCAUAACCAGGAAUUUGUGCAGAAGCUGUUAACAAGAUUGCAAGCAGUCCCGGAAAGUAAUAGAUCAUCAACGUAUACGCGUACACUGGGUAUUCUGAGUGUUAUUGCAGAGGAACUACCGGAUAUCCCACUGUAUUAUGAAUUUGAUCAGCUGAUGAAAGUCGUCAAAUCCCCGGUUCCAAAGGCGGUUGAUUUUCGAUCGGCAAUUUUGAAUGCUGGGUAUCGUUGCUCCAUUUCGCACUGUAAUUCAAAAGCUGUAAAAACGGAUGCUCCGACUGAAUUUCUGUGGGAUAUCGCCCGCACCAUUGUAAGUCUUUGGUAUCUUUUUCGUUGAUG